AUGAUAUUACAUACUAUAAUUGUUAGAGGAUCACUUAUUUUGGCAGAAUUUUCUGAUUCUGAGGAGGAUUAUAGUAAUAUCAUUAAGAAGAGAAUACUUGAUGUUAAGAAUGUCUAAGAAAAUCAAAAAAUUCUGAAAGAUGAUGUUUAUAUGUAUGCCAUAUGUGAUAAAGAUCUAAAAUUUAUUUGCUUAUCUAAAGAGGAUGAUGAGACAAUAUUCGCAAAAUUGCAAACAUUAAUAUAAGCAGUAUCAUAAAUAGAAACAGGUAGAUGAAUAUCAUUAAUGAUAGAUGGUAAUUAUUCAGCUAAACUCACACAAAUCUUACAUCAAAACUUGAGAAAAGAAAAGAUUGUUGUUAUUUAAGAUGAGAAAGUAGAUUAACAAUCUCCUCAAUAAACUAGAUUAAUAAAUCCACCUAAAUUAGAAAAAAAAGAUUAAAUCGAUUUCUAGAAAAAAUUAUGUUUCUCUGUGAUGUUACUUAUAUUGAGUGUGUAUUUGAUAUUAAAUAAUAUUAUAACAAAUGCUUGA